GAUCUGCAUUAGCAAAUCUUAAUAAGGUGUUAAAAGUAGUUUUUCCAUUAAUGGAAUUGUUAUCUGAAAUCACUUUAUGUAUGUUAAAUGAAAUACAAGAUCAAUUACCUGAAGAAAUAAUAAUAAAAUUACUCGUUAGACUCUUAGGAAUUGCAAUAGUUAUCUUAGGAGCUUUCUUCAUAUCUCCAAUAUUCGAAAAACAAUUUGGCUUCGAUAAAAAGGGUUUUUUUAGUGAUAAUCUCGGAGAGCGUCUUGGAACUUCGUGGAUUCAAAUUGGAGCAUGGAAUGUAACUACAAUGAUUGAAUGGAUAGCAUACCGUCGUCUUCUUUUUACUGUUUUGCUUCUUACUACGGCUUGGCAAAAUAUCGUAAAGUGA